AUGCGUGUCCUUGUUAUAGGUGGCAAUGGACAGACUGGUCGUUUCGUCAUCGAUGAAGCAUUGCAGCGCGGCCACAAAAUUACAGCCUUGAUGCGGAAUCCCACUACGCUUCCAGCCAAGGAAGGCCUGACCAUCGUGAAGGGCACACCACUGGAACCUUCGGACAUUGAAAGCGCUUUCAACGCAGUCAAAGGCGACCUCCCAACUGCCGUGAUUGUCACGCUUGCAUCCCCGAAUGUAAAGGGGACUCGUGUCAUGACUAACGCGCACGAAAACCUCAUCGCUGCUAUGAAAAGCCAUGGAAUUUCACAAAUUGCGACAUUGUCUUCAUUUGGAGUUGGGUCUUCUUUCCCGAAUAUCAAUGUACUUAUGAGAUUCGCAAUUUCUAGCACCAGCCUGCGCCAUACAUUUGAGGAUCAUAAUCAAGUCGAUGAGAUCCUCAAAAAGAGCGGAUUGAACUUCGUGUUGUUCAGGGCAGCGAGACUGACUCUGGGCAAAAAAGCACCCGUUAAGUUCCUUGGCGACGAUGGUAAAGGGCUCGGUGUUUUUGCGGGCCUGGGGGGGAUCUCGAGGGCUAGUGUGGCGGCUUGUCUGGUGGAUGCUGUUGAGAAGAGCACUUGGGAUCGAAACACUCCUGUGAUAACGAACUAA